CGCUAUAAACGUCGAUUAGACGGGAACGGAGUAAGAAUCUGAAAUUCUGGGGGGGUUUUGCCGGCGUAGAAUUAGAGUAAGAAAGGAAAGAUGACGACCCGAAUAGCUCCAGGAGUUGGAGCGAAUCUGCUUGGCCAGCACUCCGCUGAACGGAAUCAAGACGCUACUGUCUAUGUCGGAAAUCUCGAUCCCCAGGUAUCUGAAGAAUUGCUCUGGGAAUUGUUCGUACAAGCCGGCCCGGUAGUCAAUGUGUAUGUCCCGAAAGAUAGGGUGACAAAUCUUCAUCAAGGGUAUGGAUUUGUUGAAUUCCGCAGCGAGGAUGAUGCUGACUAUGCAAUUAAGGUUCUGAACAUGAUUAAGCUUUAUGGGAAACCUAUACGUGUUAACAAGGCAUCUCAAGAUAAGAAGAGCUUGGAUGUUGGUGCUAACCUUUUUAUUGGAAACCUUGAUCCUGACGUGGAUGAGAAAUUGCUAUACGAUACCUUCAGUGCGUUCGGAGUCAUUGUUGCUAAUCCAAAGAUAAUGAGAGAUCCGGAUACAGGGAACUCGAGAGGUUUUGGUUUUAUCAGCUAUGAUUCUUUUGAGGCAUCUGACGCUGCUAUAGAGGCUAUGAAUGGUCAGUACCUCUGUAACCGGCAAAUAACAGUCUCAUAUGCAUACAAGAAGGACACCAAAGGAGAAAGGCAUGGUACCCCAGCAGAGAGACUUUUGGCUGCCAACAAUCCGAAUUCACAGAAAAGCAGACCCCAUACCCUAUUUGCUAGUGGCCCUCCAACACUUGCAAACGCUCCUCGGCCUAACGCACUGCCUCCACGGCCUUUUGCCAAUGGCAACUUGCCACCUGUCCCGAUCCAAGCCGUCCGUCCUCCACCGCCACCUCCACAAGCAGCAGCGGCUGCCGCUUAUCAACCACCACCACCAGCUCAAGCAGCUUGGCCGCCUCAGCCACAACAACACGGCUUUGCAGUUCCACCGCCGAUGCAAUUCAGACCAGCCCCUCAAGGCAUGCCGCUGCCACCGGCACUUCAUCAACAAGUGGGUUCAAGGCCUCCACCUCCGCCACAAGCCAUGGGCAUAGGACAGAGCCAGCACAUGUGGCCGGGUGGUCCUCCCAUGCAUCAUCCUCCUCCUCAUCACCCUCAUCAUCAUCAUCACAUGUCCAUGCCACCUCCACCGACCCAUAGCAUCCCCCCUCCUCCGCCUCCCCAAGGUUGAUUGAUAAAUAAAGCGUGAGGGUUCGUUUUGGGUCUUGUGCUAUUUUGUUGCUUGUCUUGUUAUGGGAUGACAUAGAAACAGUAUUCUUGUUUUGUAUUGCCCGUAGGAGGAGUCCUCCAAAAAGCUCAUAUGACAAUAUGUAAGCCCUACCUUGCAUAGCAAGUAAUUUCAAGGUUUUAGUUCAUAGACA